AUGCCCGUUUUCCAUCCAGAAUCUUCCAUUUCGGCUGUUCCAGAGGAUAUUUCAGCUCCAAGUAACGAAAGCGGUAGUUUGAUGGUCGAGUUUCUAGUCUUGGGAGGGUUGGUCUUCACAGCAGCAGUAGCGGCCAAAAUGUGGUUUUAUCCGUACACAAUUGAGGACUUGGAAGGACGAGUGAGGGCUGUCGAUACGCUUAUCAGGGAUAAUACGAAUCUUCAUUUGGAUAUACUUGGAGAUUCUGCAACUCGUUUCAGACGAGUUCUUGAGAGGUAA